GCCACCUGUAAACUACCGUCAUUCAAUAUAGAGGAGGUAGAGGAAAAAGCUAUACAAACGAUCGGACGAGCGCGAGCAUGUGAUCGCCGGUUGUAUCGCGUGUCGUUUUUGUGCAGAAUUGAAAAAUACAUUUACCUUCACAUAUCAAUACUGUACUGGAGACAUUCGAAAUCUAUCAGAGAAGGAAUAGUUACAGGAGUGUUACAGAGACAUCGCUGAUCAGCAAUGGAAGAAGAACCGAAAUUUAAACGUCCGGAAAUUGUCAACGAUGACUCACUGGUACUAUAUUUUAACCAGUAUAGCUACUAUUGCCAAAAGGUUCUCUGGGCAUUACAUGAGAAGGACAUCAAAUUUACAAAAUACGAUAUCGAUGUCGCCAACGACGAACACUUUUCCGAGUGGUUUCUCGAGCUGAACCCCCGGGGCGAGUUACCGGUGUUGCAGAAAGGUCUACUCAUUGUACCAGGCUCGAACCGAAUCUUGGACUAUUUAGAAGAGAACUUUCAGAACACUAAACCUCUGAAAUUACCAUGGAACACGGGUACGAACAUACGGAAUCUCAAAAACACCCUGGAUAAAUUACCCAUAGGCGUCAUAACGAUGGGUUCGUUCCUACAUCCGAGGACGGUCGUGACUCCUAAAUCUCCCUUUGUACAACCGGUCCGGUACACUAUUUUGGAACGGGACGAAACUGUUAGUAGCCGCUUGAGAGGCUACGCAAAAACGUUUCCAGCAUUCGGGGAGGUUCUACAUAGGAAGGCUGACUUCCACGACCGUAAACGGCUGGUGCUCACCAAUGAGCAAUACUUUUUAGAGCUGCUGGAUAUCUUGGAUGCUGUUUUGACAGACGCCGAAACCGAACUGGUAAAUUUGGAUGACGACACCACGUGGAUCGCAGGUGCAGAUCUCAGUUUGGCCGAUAUUUCUUUGGGAUGUUUGUUGUACCGCCUAUACGUACUGGGCUUGGAGGAUCGCUUCUGGACUGGUGGUAAGAAACCGCAACUGGAGAAGUACUUCAACCGAAUUUUGGCCGCGGAGAACUUCCAGCACACUUUGCCCACGAAGACGUCACUGCUCAAAACAAUCUGGUUGAACACACCAUCCACGUACAAAGCCGGUAUAGCAGCCUUCUCAUUCUCGUCUAUGAUCAUAGGGUCGACUCUGCUCAAGAGAUAAGGAUUUCUUUCGUUUCAAACACUGUUGAACAACGAUUUUAUAAACUUUGGUAGAUUUAUUAUAAACCGUCUUAAUAUUAACCGCUCAAAAAUAGCCGAUCACCAAAUGUCAUAAUUUUCACAUUAUAUUAAAUCGAUGGUUAUUAACUUUUAAAAUCGUGCUCGUUUUAUUUUUCUUUUAUGUCUAAGUAGGUAUAAUAAGAAAGUAAUAAUUAUGAUGAAUCUCGUAGUCUUUUGAAAUGAAAAUAUUUCGCGUAACUUUUAUUCGAGGAACCACUGAAUAACUAACUACAAAUAAGUUUCGAAACGCAAAAAAAAAUCAAAGCAUGUGACUUAUUUCGAACGUGUAAAUUUUGAUGUCAUUUUUGACGAACGUAUGCCAAACCAUCGCUCUUGAACCGAAUCGCGACUGAAUCACACCCAGAAAAGUGGACUAUGUGUUUGUACACAUCAUCGUGGUAAAAGCGUUGAACGAUCGGAUAACACACGGGGUUUAGGUACUUUUAAUCAGUUUUUCCAUAGAACAGCUUUGAAAAUGUUCUAACAAUUAUUAAUUUGAUAUUAUUUGGAUAUUUUUUAUGAACAUACAUGCUUGAAGAGAAAAACGAAGUUCUUCGAAACAUUCACCUAAUUGUUUUAUCAAAUGAUGUCUUACAAAUUCUUAUUGACAACAGGGAUUCCCUAAAAAAUAAAACAAUCUGUUCAACAGAUCAUAAUUUCGAAUCCGAUACGCGCAAGUGGGUGGCAUAAGCUAAUUUCGACAAGUUGAUUCGAACACAAAACAAUGAUUGUGUUGUUAAUCAGCUAUUAGGGCAUCGAAAUACCAUUAGCAAUAGUAUACACUAUGUAUUUGAAAUAAGAAAGAUAGCACCUAUGAUUUCUUUUUAAACAUUUUGAUUUGAUGACCCUAAACCAUCUAAUUUAUAUUAACUUCAAAUUAUAUUCAAUAAAUAAAGCAAAUAAAAACUAUAACAAAAGAAACAUAAACAACAAAACAGUAAAAUGCCUUAAUCUGUGCUCGAUUAGACCUAUGCUAUGUUCAAUCAAUUAGUUUGUAUAAAUUGUAUGAAGGAAAACUCCUCAACCUUUUAUUUCGAUUAUUUUGAUGCGUUCACUAAUAAAUAUUAGGUCACAGUUCAUUGAUGAUGUUUGUUAAGCAAGGAAUUAGGCAGUUCUGGUCUUUUUCGUAAAAAAAUUCUAGUUGUAGUUAUACUCGUAGUAGAUAAUAGUAGAUUUAGUACUAAAUGACUGUUAAAUAUCUUGGCUGUGCAUAUGCACAGCACAUGUUUCGAAAUGGACAACUGAUAUGAAAUUUGCAAAAAGGAUCCACGUGUCUUGGACUCGAACACUAUCUAGAUAGGCGUGAUAAACCCUACACAACAAGACCACUUGAGGUCACUCCUGACAGAAUCCAAGUUUCAAAGUGCUCGCGUUUUCGGGGGCACACCAC